ACAUGGCACAAGACAUGUUUCAAGUGCACAGAAUGUGGUAUGACAUUGAAUAUGAAAACAUACAAAGGAUACAACAAAUUGCCAUAUUGCGAAGCGCACAUUCCAAAGGCCAAAGCGACAGUCAUUGCAGACACGCCCGAACUGAAGCGAAUAGCUGAGAAUACAAAAAUCCAAUCGAAUGUUAAAUAUCACGAAGACUUCGAAAAAUCCAAAGGCAAAUUUACACAGGUCGCCGAUGAUCCCGAAACAUUGCGAAUUAAGCAGAAUACAAAAAUCAUUUCGAAUAUUGCGUAUCAUGGUGAUCUAGAAAAGAAGGCCGCUAUGGAAAAGCAACGAGAAGCUGCCGAAAUAGCCGAUGUGCGAG